AUGUUGAGGAAGUCGGAGCUCACCCCCGAAGAUGCAGGCGCCUACCAGCGCCGGGUGGACACCCCAAGCUACGGCACAAGCAGCGACUCUGGGGCCAAGGAACCGGACCUUCGUCAUGAAAUGGUGCACGAUGGCCCCACCUCCUUCAACUUCAGCAACUUGUACCGCUACGCCACAAAGUUCUACUCGCGGUCGGUCAACAGCGCGGCUCUCGACUAUCUGUAUAUCGCCAUCUUCCUCUUCAUCACGGACUACGUCUCGUACGUGGCGUUCUACUACAGCGCCGAGCGACAGAUAAAGGCACUGAGGGGUGAAGCGCUCAAGCACAUGCUGUACAUGGACAUCAGCUGGUACGACGCGCACGACGUGCUGCAGGACGGCAUGGGCCACAAGCUCGGCGAUUCGUUUCGAUACUCGAUCCAGUUUGUCGUGGGUUUUAUCAUCGGAUCCGCCCAUGGGUGGGAUAUCACGCUGGUGAUGGCGUGUGUGAUGCCUGUCAUGGCGCUCUCGCUCAGCUGGAUGAUCAAAACGUUCACGAUCAUGUCGGACUUUGCCCAGAAAGUGUAUGCUGAAGCAGGAUCAGUGGCCAAGGAGACACUGGGCUCUAUCCGCACUGUGGCUUCGUUGAAUGGAGAGCAGAAGGCAAUUGAGAAGUUUGAGAGCAAGAUUUUCAAGGCAGAGACGGAAAACAUCAAGCUGAACAUGGUGGUGACAGUGGUGUAUGCGCUGUUCUUGGCUAGUAUGUGGAUCAUGUACUCCGUCGGACUCUGGUACGGCGGGUGGAAUGCUUCAAAGGGGGAACCAACGCCGGGGGGUGUUUUCGCUGCCUUCUUUGGCGUCAUGAUGGGAACAGGUUCUCUCGGCCAGGUUUCCCCGAGUGUUUCCGCUGUGGCUAAGGCCGCUGGUGCUGUUGAGCAACUGUUCUCGAUCCUGGACACUGCGAGUGCUAUCGAUGCGGAGAAAGAGGACGAGGGAAUCAUUCCUGACACGUGUGAAGGCAAGAUCGAUGCGGUGAACGUCAACUUCACGUACCCGAGUCGUCCUGACGCCCAGAUCCUGCGCGACUACAAUGUCACCAUUGAGCCUGGUCAGACCGUGGCUUUCGCUGGUGCCAGUGGCGGCGGCAAGAGUACGCUGAUUGCUCUGAUUGAACGCUUCUACGACCCCACCAGCGGCACCAUCUACCUCGACGGACGGGAUAUCGGCAUGGUGUCGCAGGAACCUGUGCUGUUCGCCACGACCAUCUUCGAGAACAUCGCCAUGGGUGGCGACAACGUGACCCGUGAAGAGGCCAUCGAGGCCUGCAAGCUGUCGAACGUGCACAACUUCAUCAUGUCCUUGCCGGAGCAGUACGACACGCUGGUGGGCGAGAAGGGCGUCUCUCUAUCUGGCGGCCAGAAGCAGCGAGUCGCCAUUGCCCGUGCCAUUGUCCGCAAGCCCAACAUUUUGGUGCUGGACGAGGCCACGAGCGCGCUGGAUAACGAGAGCGAGAAGAUUGUGCAGGCAGCGCUGAAUAACCUGAUGGCCACGACCAACAUGACCACUCUCGUAAUCGCCCACCGGUUGAGCACCAUCCGCAACGCGGACAAGUUCGUGAUCGAGCACGGCGUCUACCAGAACAUGUACCGGAUCCAGGAGCUGCGAUCUCAGGAGGAGCAGCAAGAAGCGGAGAAGCGUGAGGCCGAGAACGGACUAGAGAUGAGCGCGGUGGAGACAAACUUCUUGGACAAGAAGCCGUUCAACCUGUUUGAUUUACUGAAACUCAACGGACUCGCGCGGAACCACUUUGUCUUUGGGCUGGUCGGUUCCUGCGUCGGAGGCAUUGCGGUGCCAGCUUCAGCCCUAUUAAUCACGGGCAUGAUCACUGCUAUGACGGAACAAUACGCGCUCUUCGAGAGGACCUGGGGACCGAUCUCACCUGACAACGUUAAUGUUGGCUUUUUCGACGAGAAGGAGAACGCGACUGGCGCGUUGACUGCUGAUUUGGCUACGAACGCCACCAAGGUUUCGCUGAUUUGGCUGCUAUCGCUCAUCAUGCUGGUGCUUUUCCCCAUGUUGAUUUUCGGGGAGGUGGCGCGUAUGAAGGAGAUGGAGGAUGCUGGUUUGAUUUCAGAUGACUUGGCAAUCCCAGGAGCCCACGCGUCAGAAGUCCUUGUGAACAUCCGCACGGUUGCCGCUUUGGGUAUCGAGAAGAAGUCUGCCACCACGUUUAAUGAGCUGCUUCAAGAACCGCUGCGCAAGGGCCGGAAGGAAGAGCAGGUUAGUGGUCUGUCGCUGGGAUUCAGCUCCUUCAUCAUGAUGGCCAUGUAUGCGCUCGUGUUUUGGUUUGGAGCCAAGAAGAUGAACGGCGGCACCGUUGGUUUUGCGGAGAUGAUGCGGACAUUGAUGGCCAUCACGAUGUCGAUCCAGACGGCCGGAUCGACGAUUUACGCACUUCGUGAUCGCGUCGCCCCAAUUGAUUCAUUCACCUCCGACGGAUUCCGUCUAGCCAAGGUUGCGGGCCGCCUCGAGUUCAAGAACAUCUCGUUCCGAUACCCCACGCGCCCGGAGAUCAACGUGCUCAAGAACUACAACCUCACUAUUGAACCCGGCCAGACGGUGGCGUUCUGCGGCCCUAGUGGUGGAGGCAAGAGCACUAUCAUCUCGGGGAUCGAGCGGUUCUACGACCCCGUGGUUGGCGAAGAGCUGCUCGACGGCCGCAACAUCAAGGACCUGAACCUGAACUGGCUGCGCAGUCAGAUCGGUCUGGUGGGCCAGGAGCCCACACUGUUUAUCGGUACUAUCGCCGAGAACAUCGCGUACGGUCUGGCCGAGCAGCCGAGUCAGCAGGAGAUCGACGAGGCCGCUAAGAUGGCCAACGCGCACGACUUCAUCACGCAGUUCCCGGACGGCUACGAGACGCAGGUGGGCAUGAAGGGCGAGCAGUUGUCUGGCGGCCAGAAGCAGCGCAUCGCCAUCGCGCGUGCGAUCCUGAAGAACCCCAAUAUUUUGCUGCUGGACGAGGCUUUGAGUACUAUACAAGUAGAUUUGCUUUGGGAUUUAGCGUGUCAUGCAUUUUAG